AUGGCCAAGCAGAAGGCAGUGGCACAAAUAUAUGGAGAUUGGGAAGAGUCUUACGCGGAGUUGCCACGUUGGAUGCUAGGGGUCCAGUCGACAAUGCCCGGAACAAUCACGGUGUUGAAGACGUCUCCUAUUCGUAUUGGUGGUGGGGUUGAUGAGUCGACGGUGUACUUUCACCGGCUUUUCUGGACAUUUCCACCCUGUAUCGAGGCAUUCCGGCAUUGCAAGCCCCUCGUCAGUAUUGAUGGUACCCACUUAUAUGGGAAGUAUGGAGGGACGCUGCUGUUGGCGAUUGCUCAGGACGGGAACUCGAACAUCCUCCCGAUAGCAUUUGCCCUUGUGAAGGGCGAAAAUGCAGAGUCGUGGUCAUUCUUCUUGUCCAACCUCCGAGAGCAUGUGACUCCUCAGGAGGGUAUCCUUGUUAUCUUUGACAGGCAUAAUGGGAUCAAGGCGGCGCUUGAGGCACCGGAGACUGGGUGGCUGCCUCCUCGGGCUUUCUGGGCCUACUGUAUUAGGCAUGUGGCUGCGAAUUUUGCCCUAACGUUCAAAGGUAAGGACUCAAGGAGGAUGUUGGUGAAUGCUGCCUACGCAAAGACUGAAGCUGAGUUUUACUACUGGUUUGACAUCAUGCGGACUGAGAAUCCAGCAAUGUGUGACUGGGCCAACCGGAUGGAGUAUGAUAAAUGGACCCAACAUGAGGAUGGUGGUCGACGGUUCGGGCACAUGACCACAAACAUCAGUGAAUGUGUGAACUCCGUGCUAAAGAAAACUCGCAACCUCCCGGUCACAUCAUUGGUUAAGUCAACUUACGGGAGGCUUGCUCAGCUAUUUGUGGUACGGGGACAGACAGCAGAGGCACAACUCGGAUCUGGGCAUGAAUUCUGUCAGGCAUUGGUCAAGGCUAUUGAUCGGAACCUAAGAGACUCUAGGUACUUCACUGUGAUGUUAUAUGACAGGCAUCAGUCCGAGUACACCGUCGCGGAGACAACACCAACCGGGAGCUUCUCGCUGGGUAGCUAUAGAGUUUCCCUCCAAGAUCACCGAUGCGACUGUGGCCACUUCCAGGCGCUGCAUUAUCCAUGCGGCUUAACAUGCAACCAUUACUAA